UACUCUCCUUCUUGUUUCAUGCGUCGCGUUGGGCGCGUCUCGUCGUAGUCGUAUUAGAUGUGUUGUAUAUAACCGCGCGCUCGCUGCAGCCGACGACGAUUCAACGUCGCGGACGAUAGAGAGUCGAAAGAAAGCGGAGCCGCAGCAGGUGUGUGUGUUUUGGUGCUGCUGCCGGAGUGUCCAGAUUUACACCCGUACGUAAACAACCCGUUCGGAAAGAUAAAAACCAGGCCAGGAUGAAGCAGCAGUCGUACUCAACUCUGCUGGUGCUCGUCGUCCUCGCGGUGCUUCGUUCGGCGAAUUCACAGAGAACACCAACGAUAUCGUACAUAUCUCAGGAGCAAAUUAAAGAUAUUGGAAGUACGGUGGAAUUUGUCUGCUCGGUUCAGUACAGUCAAGAUUAUCCGGUACUGUGGAUCAAGCUCACUAAGAACAGGGAGGAUCAAUUACCAAUUUCUACCAAUACAGCACUUAUUAUUCGUGACAGUAGAUUCGCUCUGAGAUCUGAUUCCUCGUCUUCCACUUAUACGUUACAGAUCAAGGAUAUUCAAGAAACUGAUGCAGGAUUUUACUCUUGCCAAAUUCUAAUUUCUACAAGUAGCAGAAUCUCAGCAGAAGUAGAGCUGCAAGUUAGAAGACCACCAACUAUUAAUGAUAACUCUACAAGAUCUUUAGUUGUCAGCGAGGGUCAACCGAUUCAAUUGGAGUGCUAUGCAGUUGGUUUUCCUGUUCCUAGAAUUUCUUGGCGCAGAGAAAACAAUGCCAUUUUGCCAACUGGUGGUUCAAUCUACAGAGGAAACACUUUGAAGAUUGCAGCAGUGCGCAAAGAAGAUAGAGGUACUUAUUACUGUGUUGCUGAAAAUGGUGUCGGUCGAGGAGCUCGUAGAAACAUCAAUUUGGAAAUUGAGUUUGCUCCAGUUAUUACUGCACCUAGACCACGUUUAGGUCAAGCACUGCAGUAUGAUAUGGAUCUUGAAUGCCACGUAGAAGCUUAUCCACCUCCUGGAAUAACCUGGCAUAAGGAUAAUGUGCAACUUUCCAAUAAUCAGCAUUAUAGUAUAUCUCAUUUUGCAACUGCAGAUGAAUAUACAGACACAACACUUCGUGUUAUUACCAUAGAAAAGAAACAAUUUGGCGAAUACAUAUGCAAAGCGGCUAACAAACUUGGAAGUGCUGAAACUAGAGUUGAAUUAUUUGAAACCAUUAUACCUGUAUGUCCACCUGCAUGUGGGCAAGGAUUUUACCAAGCUGGUAUAGUCUCUUCAAUGUCUUCUGGGCUUUUAGUAGCUACUGUCGUGACUUUAGUCUUUUUUGCCAGAAACUUUAAUACCAAACAUUAAUUAUCCCCGAGUUUUCUCGUGGUCGAGAAGUCAGUGCCUCAACUCACCAACGUUGCCGUUAAUCAUGAUCAUAAGCAGUACAAUUCUGACAGGAUGCCUAUUCUUAAAAUUCUAAAUAUCUAAGAUCUGGUACAAAGUAAAUUUUAAAAAGAUAUAAGCCGAUGUUCGAUUAGAGUGCAAUAAUCUAAUCCAACUCUAAAAACGAUUCCCUCCAUUAAUGAAUCUCAUUAGGUUCGAGUAUUUUAGCGUAGUUAAAACAGAAUCUCAAAGACGAUAGAAACUAGUAGAUAUAUAUGAAUUUAUAUAUUAUUAUUAUAUAUAUUUAUUAUAAAUGUGAAAGAAAAAUAAUAAUUUGUAACAAUACAAAUUUUUAUCGCUUAGUCAUCAGCAUAAUUUACAAUGGUAGAUGAAGUAAUAACAAUUGUGACGCAAAUUUCGAAUAUUUAUACAGAAAAAUUUUAUACAAAACAUACAUAAAUGUACGAAACGCACCAAUUUUAUAAUAUACCCUAAUGCUAGAUGUGUAUUUUCUUACGAGAAUAUCUUUGUAUAAGUUACAAACGUUAACGAAUCUAUUGUUUUAUAUUAUUUCUGUGUAAUAAGCGAAUGACAAUUUUUUUUUAUUAAUUCAACCGCUGUAUAUUAGUUAUA